ACUGUCUCAAUGGAAGUUGUACCAGCCUGGGCCCCAGCAGUGGGUUUCACACUCCUGCCCCAUGCAGGAGGACUUUUAGGAAGCAAGAUAACCAGAAAGGAAAUCCCAGUGUGGUAUGAAUCUCUACAAAAGCCAUCCUGGUGUCCACCUAACUGGGUGUUUGCUCCUGUUUGGGGAACUCUCUAUACAUCUAUGGGAUAUGGCUCCUACCUGGUGUGGAAGGAACUGGGGGGCUUCAACGAAAAGUCAGUGGUUCCUCUGGGUCUGUAUGCAGGGCAGCUGGCAUUAAACUGGGCAUGGACUCCAGUAUUUUUUGGAGCUCACAAAAUAGGAUGGGGGUUGGUGACUCUCCUGCUCACGACUGGUACAGCAACAGCUACAACUGCUUCCUGGUAUAACAUCAAGAAAACAGCAGCUUAUUUGAUGGUUCCUUAUUUAGCGUGGCUAACCAUGGCUACUGCACUCAAUUACCGUGUCUGGAAGGACAAUAGCAACAAGAAACAAUCUGAAUAAACAAUUUUCAGGCAAAAAGAUUUUUUUUUUUCCAAAAGAAUUUUCUAAAUAAAGUUAUGGCCUUAUUUUAUUUUUAGCUGAACUACUAAUACUAUUAGUUUGCUAAUUACAAGUUGACAAAGCAGUACAGUACAAAUAUGCCUUUACUAGGCAAGUCAAAGGGGUGUAUGCCUGACUGGGUUUUACAUCAAACUAAAAGACAUCGAUGACUGAAAAGU